CCAAGAGCCAAUGGACAGAUUGAAAGGUUCAACCGGUUCAUUAUACCAAUGAUAGCGAAACUAACCAAGGGCCCAGAAUGUUGGGAUCAAGUACUUAAUGAAGUUGAAUUUGCCGUCAACAACACUGUUAAUCGAAGUACAGGCCAAACACCUUCUAAACUAUUGUUUGGAAUGAACCAAGUAGGUAAUGUCAAAGAUCAUUUAAAGUAUUUUCUGUCAUCCAUUAACAAAGACAAAUCCGAUAUUAACGAACUACGACAUAAUGCAUGUGACAAGAUAGAGAAAUCCCAAGAAUAUGUCAUGACACCUAAUAUUGACGUUACACGUGGUGUAAAUAAGAAACUAUUACCUAAAUUUAAGGGACCUUAUAUAAUUAAAAAAAUAUUACCUAAUGACAGAUAUCUAAUUUCUAAUGUUGAGGGUUUUCAGGUGACUCAGAAACCAUUCGAAGGUGUAUUUGAUGCUGAUCAUCUCAGAUUAUGGAUGAAAUCAUCACACUAAACUAAGUCUUCCUGUACAACUUAAUAGUUCUAAGGGUUUUAUCCAUUUGCGUUGUCUUAGAUUUUAUUUAAGUAUUUUAGCCUUUUAUAUUAUGAUUCUUAUUUUAUUCACACUAAAUUACUUACUUUAUGUUUAGCAACUACAACUUAUAUUUGUGCAAAACAAUUAAUAUCUAUA